AUGUAUUUACUUUUGACGCUUCUCUUCGUCCUCUUCUUUUCCGGAAGCACUCUGCUUGCCCAAUGCUCUGGAAAGAAAAAGGGAGCAACUUCUGCCAAAAGGAAAAUCUUCAACGAUGCGCCCGGCACCUGGAGCAGCUCCUGCUGCUGCUUCCGCUCAAGGAGAGCCUGA